AUGGAUACAGGUCUGGGUAGCCUCUCGGUCAAGGAGCUGAAGCGACGGCUGGCGGCGGCGGGCGGCAGCGCAGUCGGGUUGGUGGAGAAGAGCGAGUUGGUGGCGGCGGUGGAGGCGGCCGAGGCAGCAGGCGCGGCCAGCCGAGACGGUGGCGCGAGCACCGAGACAGGUCCGAGGCGGACGACGCGGAAGAGGGUCACCAUCGCGGGCGUCGACGCCAUCGAUGUCUCUACCUGCCGCGAUGGCGAGAGGCCCGCGGUUGUGGUGGUGGUCUGCCACGGGUUUGGGGCGAGCGAGAACGAUCUGGCGCCGCUCGGCUCGUCGCUCAUCCCGGCCGAUCCGGCCGCCGCACCGGCGCGGAUGAUCUUUCCACAGGGCAUUGUGUCGCUCGGCGGAGGCUCGUAUGCGUGGUGGCCGCUCGACAUGCCGCGGCUGAUGAUGCUGCGGCUCUCGGGCCAGCUCCACACCAUCGACGAUGAAGUGCCCGAGGGUAUUGAUGCCGCCACCGACGCGCUCGUCGCACUCAUUGCCGACGCCAUGGCCACUGCCGCCGACGGAGCUGCCCUCGUUCUCGCUGGCUUUUCGCAGGGCUCGAUGCUUGCCUCGCAUGUCGCGCUCACUCGUGCCGCCGACCUCCCGGUUGAUCCGUCUCUUCUGGUGGUCAUGUCCGGCCGCGCCGUCGCCAAAUCGGCCUGGACCGAUGCACUCGCCACCCGCUCGGCCCCGCUUGACGUCAUCCAGUCGCACGGCACCGCCGAUCCCAUCCUUCCCUACAACGGUGGCGUCGAGCUCGCCGAGCUCUUUCGCAGCGGUGGCGCGUCCGUCGAGUUUAUCGAGUUCAACGACGGCCACACCGUGCCACAGGAGCUCCUCGUUGAGCUCAAGCUUCGGCUGGAUGUACUGGCCGGCCUCGAAUCGUCGCGCGGGGCGAGUGUGGCUGGUGACAGCGGACAGGGUAGCGGGCACCGCAUCGAGGCGUACCGACGACUCGACUCGGAGCGACUGAUGGCGUACACGGACGCAGUCAUGUCGAUCAUUGCAACCAUCCUGGUUCUGCCGCUCAAAGUAGAGAGCGAGGAGGGCGAGGGCAAGACGCUGCGCGAGGUGAUGGACGAGAAGAACAUGUACACGACGAUGGGCACCUUUGUCGUCACCUUUAUCUACAUCUCGCUCUUCUGGCGCGCGCAUCGCGCCCUCUUCCUUCCGGGCCUCGUCAUGAAGCCGCUCAUGCUGUAUCUCAACUUUGCCUUUCUCCUCUCGCUAUCAUUUCUGCCGUUUGUCGCUGCACUGGUGACCGGAAACAAGGAGCAGCCGGUGGCGUUGGCGCUCUUCUACGGCCUUCUCGGCUACAUCGCCGUUGUCCGCCUCGUCACAGCGGUCUACGCCUCGGUUGCACUGGGGUGGGAGCAUGCGGGCAACUCGGUCAUCCUGCUCCGCAUUGGCGCGCUCAUUGCUGCCUGCAUCGCUGCCGUCUCGUGUGCCUGGUCGCUCGGCUCAAGUGUCAACCUAUUCCUCAUCAUCUACCUUGCUGGGCGCGCCGCCGCCAACUCGGGUUACGUCCAGCAGAUGCUUGGCAUCGAGCCAGCUGAGUCGCAGGCAAGUGACGACGUGCCGGACGGCGAUCGAGUCAUUUUCUUUUCCGACGGCGUGUAUGCUAUUUCGUCAACACUGAUUGUGCUGGACCUGCCAGCGGCGCCGCCGGGCCUCUCGGACGCUGGCCUCACCGCGUUUCUUUCUCACGAGGGCACUGCCCUGCUCUCUUACGUCAUCUGCGCAUACGUUGUGGGGCUGCUGUGGAUGGGGCACUACUCGCUGAUGCAUGAUGCCGAGACCCUGCCGCGUAUGGUCGAGCGGCUCAACAAUGUCCAUCUCAUCUUUGUGGCGCUCAUGCCGUUUGGCUCGAACCUGCUCAUCCUCUACGGACAGUCGGACGACUCGCCGCUGGCCAUCGGCAUCUUUGUUGCCAUUGCUGGCAGCGCCGCUAUUCUCCUUAGCGCCAUGGCAGGGUGGCGCCUGUACAAGGCGCUGCGCAGUUUGAAUAACCGUGUCCCGAGUGGAGGAUCGCACGAGGGCACGUGGCUGCUGACCACCACCGAGUCGGACGUGGACGAGGCCGAGGCGCUCAUCGCUCGCCUCAAGCGCAACGUUGUGUUCUCGUUCAACCUGCCGCUCACCCUCGUCGUUGGUAUUCUUCUGUCACUCUGGCACAAGUGGCUCUUUGUGGCCAUCCUUCCGCUCUCGGGCUACCUCGCGCUGGCACUCUCGCUUGUGUACGGCCGUCUUCCGUGCGCCGCGUCGCCGCGGCGCAGCAUUGGCUCGGUGCAGUAGUGUGUGGGGGAGCAAGUGGAGCAAAAAGACGGACGCAUG